UUGAAUAAUAGUAAUUAUAAUAAUAAUUAAAUAAUGUAUUUGAUGAACGGUAACGUAGGUACCCAAGGGAAUAAUAAAAAUAAUAAAUUUUGAUAUUGAACUCCGCGCUUAGCGACCAAGAGAGAAGUAUCUUUCGAAUGCUCCUCUUGGUCUCUGCCCGUUAAAAGUGGUCCAGGCAAUUAAACCGGAGGACACGCAUAAGCAUGGCGCGCCAGGACAAUUUCUCUAAUCUCGAUUGAAUCGCACGGUAGAACCGGAAACGGUGGGAGCACGUGUGCUCAGCGAAGGUUUCAGAAGGAAAAGGACGAGUGGGAUGCUGGAUAAGGGGGACGAUGAGAAAAUAUGGUCACUCGGUCCCGUCGAAGUAUCCUGGAGUCCAGGCGGAUAUCGUUCUCUGCAAUAACCUCAUAGUCAUGAGUCGUGGUACCUAAUAGAGAGGACCAAGUGGAAGGUCUUCAGGAUGGGUCUGGUUACGUGAUCCAAUCGUGCAAAAGGGGUCGAGGACUCAGUGAGAGAGGAACAAGGAAGGAGAGGGUGAGAGUAAAAGAAUUGAGGGAUGGUAGGAGGGGGGAUGUUACAUUGGGACUGCACAGCACAAAGAAUGCCCCAUCCAUCAAGCUUGGUCCGUGAAGAGAAGCUGAGGGAUGGUCUGGUGUUUCUUCAGCAGUCGAGUAACUGACUCCCUGGUAGGAUCAGAGAGACAAGAGUUAAUCGGGAUAAGUUCCGUGGCAGCAAUCAGGAAACGCGACAAAAGAAGAAGAAAGAUAAACCCAGAGCGACGGCCUCGUCGCGGUACAAAUCGUUUGUCAUCGCUGAAGUCAAUUGAGGACGAUGAAAACAAAGGUUAUUUUAGAAAAGGGAGCUCAAUACGGACUCCGCCCCGUUAUAACAGCGAAACGGCCAAGUGCUUUGAUGAAGAGGCUGUGGAUGUUGAAGAGGAUGAAUGAUACAAAACAUCCCUCUCUUCUUUUUCGAACAAAAAAAAUAGACUUUUCUUUGUGCCUCUACGAAAAGCCUGAGUGGGUUCUUAAAUCUGAUAAAACCGUCUCCGAGUAUUUUGAUCCUAGAUCCUUACGAGUAUCUAUGCUUUUCUUCUGGACUGUAGUAUAAUUAUUCAUUAACGCAAAGUGCUCUUGUCGACGGGAUUUCGGUUGCCGAGAUGACGGCCAAGGGUACCUGGAAGACCCAAAGCAUAAUCUCAUCCUGGUAGUGGGACGACACGCGCACCCGAUCUCCCACAGUGGGUGGCACAAGUUUGCACUGUCUCCGGGUGAGAAGGACCAACCUCCCGAAGCCUACGGGAACACCAACUUGGCUAACUCGUCGAGUUGUGUCAACUUCUCUCGGUGGUACUUUGCUGCGACUAAGCUCGAGUUGAGUAAUUUCCGCUUUGUGCCUGAAGUUGCCUCACGAGGAGCCGUGCCGGUGGGAUGCGAAUUCGAUGACAUGCUACGAAAUGGAGAGGUACCUGAAGGACGAGCCGAAGUUACAGUCGUACAAAAAGUUACCCACGGAACUGGACACAGCGCCGUGGAACCUCUUCAGGGCGCCGCCAAUAUCCUGGACGGCGUCUACGGGCACUACCAACGCACAGUUUGACGCGCCGAUAAAAAUGGAGGUCACGACGUCGUCCGACGACAGAGAUCCACUCUGUCUAGACGACAUAAAGUUUAGUCCUGGCGACCACAACCACAACGGCCGCGACAGGGACCUCCUGGAUAGACACCUGGAUUCGCUGUCGAUGUCGUCAGCGAGUUCGGCGUGUUCAGCCCUCUCUUGGGACAGUUCGCCCUCGUUGUCGUGCACAGCACUAAUCCUGAAAAAGGAGCCAAGCGAUGACUUGGAAGAGGACGAAGAGCACGAGGAAAUGGAGGAAGAGGAAGACAGUGGGUGCGAGGGUGAAGGUCAAAUAUUGACGCCACCGUCGAGCCCGGAGUCGGGUCAAGGGCAUUCCAAUUCCAGUCAUUCAUCGAGCGGGAGCUCGAUGCUCGACGUGCACAACCUUAACCUUCACGGAGCAGGUGGCAGGAGUGCAAUCGUCAGGGUGACCGCGAGUAACGCACAAGGUGUCGCGAGAUUGAUAUCCGUGACGGCGAACGGCUUCCCGGCAGUAGCCAAUGCGCAACAUGCACAUGCGGGUGCAGCUGCAGUUGCGUCCACAGUUGCGAACAGGCACCACGCGCGAAGUCACGAGCACAGCCCACCGGAUACGAAGCGUAGGAUACACAAGUGUCAGUUUCCGGGUUGCAAGAAGGUCUAUACCAAAAGCUCACACCUUAAGGCGCAUCAGAGGACGCACACGGGGGAAAAACCAUACAAGUGCAGCUGGGAAGGAUGCGAAUGGCGAUUCGCUCGUUCCGACGAGCUGACGCGUCACUAUCGCAAGCACACUGGCGCCAAACCGUUCAAAUGUCGUCAUUGCGAUCGCUGCUUCUCUCGCAGCGAUCAUCUCGCCCUUCAUAUGAAGAGACACGUCUAAUCGCCGCCAUCCGAGCGACGGUCCAUGGGAUUAGCUGUUGCGGAAAUCGCGCGAUAUUCACCGAGCGAAGAAGAAGCGGACGAGAUAAGGGAAAAAAUAAAGAGGAUAACACGUGAGGUGGACGCGUUCUAGGACGAAUAAAAUAGGUAGAGUAAAUGAUUGGCGACCGAUUUGAUAAGGCGCGACCGCUCGGUAGCGCUGUCGCUACGAGGAUCGGAUCGGUCCAUAGAAAGGAGCUUUUAGGCGCGUGCCGUUGUCGCGCGAUCGUCGCGAUGAUAUCGCGACACUCUUCCCACAUGGUGCGCAUGCGCUUCGGCUGGAACUUUCGUGUGACUUUCCAAGGGGGAGGAGAUAAGAAAUUGUCGCCAACCCGGCCCGGAUGACGCUUUCUUUUUUCACAUCGAGCAUUGGGUGUCCGACGGAAGCCUGAAUAUCUUCAUAUGCGAGAUCACGGAUGCUGUGGCUACAUUGCGACGGAGGCUUCUACCCGGGCCGGGGGUUAUAACUUAUAAAUGUGAUAGUGUGAUGAAUGCAUAACGUUAUUGUCCAUUGACGUAGAGUCGCCAUCAUCAUCGUGAUCAUCGUCAUGCCUCAUCGUCAUCGUCAUCCUUUUCGUGAAACGAGCCCGCGGUACAGACAUCCGAAGAAACUUUCUUAGACGAUUUUCAAAUUUAUCACGAGAAAGAGAGAGAGAGAGAGAGAGAGUGAGAAAGAGUGAUAAAGUGGUAUACGUAUGAGAGAAAGAGAGAGAGAGA